AUGUCUCUGACCAAGACUGAGAGGGCCAUCAUCACGUCCAUUUGGGACAAGAUGUCCGUGCAGGCUGAUGCCAUUGGUACCGAGACUCUGGAGAGGCUCUUCUCCAGCUACCUGCAGACCAAGACCUACUUCCCCCACUUCAACCUGCAUCCUGGGUCACCACAGCUGCAUGCACAUGGCUCAAAGGUGGUGGCCGCCUUGGGUGAUGCUGUCAAGAACAUCGACAACAUGCAGGUUGCACUGACUAAGCUAAGCGACCUGCAUGCCUAUGUCCUGCACGUGGACCCCGUCAACUUCAAGUUCCUAUCCCACUGUCUGCUGGUCACACUGGCCACCCACUUCCCCGCCGACUUCACGGCUGACGUCCAUGCCGCCUGGGACAAGUUCAUGUCCAUCGUGUCUUCCAUCCUGACCAAGAAGUACCGCUGA